AAGAGAGAGAAAUACAGCAGAGCUGGGCAUCACACUCCAUAGUACAUCGCCAGCUCCAUUAAUAUCUGGAGAAGAGAAAUUAAUAGUAAUCAAAGUUACCGUUAUUUGGCGGGGGAGAAAAUGGACGGAGCUUCAGCUCAGACGGCGGACACGGUGAUGUCGGAGGCCGCUUCACACCACCAGCCGAACCAACAACCCUCGCCUCCGCAGAUGAUGGGGAUCGACAAUAUUCCGGCUACCCUCAGCCACGGAGGCAGAUUCAUUCAAUACAACAUCUUCGGCAACGUGUUCGAGAUCACCGCCAAGUACCAGCCCCCCAUCAUGCCGAUUGGUAAAGGCGCCUAUGGUAUUGUGUGUUCUGCUCUGAAUUCGGAAACGAAUGAGAACGUAGCACUGAAGAAAAUCGCCAAUGCGUUUGAUAAUAGAAUUGAUGCCAAGAGGACUCUGCGUGAGAUCAAGCUGGUUCGUCACAUGGAUCAUGAAAAUAUUGUUGGAAUACGAGAUAUAAUUCCACCUCCACAAAGAGAAUCAUUCAAUGACGUUUAUAUUGCAUAUGAGCUUAUGGACACUGAUCUCCAUCAGAUUAUUCGCUCCAAUCAAACCUUGUCAGAGGAGCACUGCCAGUAUUUCUUGUAUCAGAUUCUCCGUGGGUUGAAAUAUAUACACUCAGCAAAUGUGUUGCAUAGGGACUUGAAACCUAGCAAUCUUCUCUUAAAUGCCAAUUGCGAUCUGAAGAUAUGUGAUUUUGGAUUAGCUCGUGUCACUUCUGAAACAGAUUUUAUGACCGAAUAUGUAGUUACAAGAUGGUAUCGGGCACCUGAGCUGUUGUUAAACUCUUCUGACUAUACUGCAGCAAUUGAUGUAUGGUCAGUGGGCUGCAUUUUCAUGGAACUUAUGGAUCGAAAACCCUUAUUUCCUGGCAGAGAUCACGUGCACCAGUUACGACUGCUUAUGGAGCUGAUUGGUACUCCUUCAGAAGCUGAAAUGGAGUUCUUAAAUGACAAUGCAAAAAGAUACAUCCGUCAACUUCCUCUUUACCGCCGCCAGUCAUUCACUGAAAAAUUUUCCCAAGUGCACCCAGCUGCUAUAGAUCUUGUUGAGAAAAUGUUGACGUUUGAUCCUAGAAAAAGAAUUACAGUUGAAGAUGCACUUGCUCACCCGUACUUAACGUCACUUCAUGACAUUAGUGACGAACCUAGUUGCAUAAAUCCUUUUAACUUCGACUUUGAGCAGCAUGCUCUCACGGAAGAACAAAUGAAGGAGCUUAUUUACAGAGAAGCUCUUGCAUUUAAUCCAGAGUAUCAGCAGCACAUGUGAAGGAACCCACUGGUUGUAAAAUAUGUUGUAUGUCAUCUUUUAUCCAUCUCAUCAUUGUUCUCGUCGAACCCCCCCGAAAUGGCUCUGGUAUUUGAGCAUUUCACUGAUUGGAGGAUAAGGGUCAUAAACUCGGUUGCUUUGUGAAAGAUGCAGACAGCCCAAGUAUAUUUCCAUAUAUAAAUCCAUAUGUAUGUAUCAUAUUUGCUGAUUUCAGAUUCUGAUUAGACAGCAUCUUCAUUAGAAGUGGUUUGUAUUAAUGCUUCAAUUUCACAUUUGCUUGUAAGGCUGCAAUUUAACCUUGUGUAUUUCUACUCAGUUCAGCUGAUCAAAGUGUCAUUCCAUUUUAUUCCAUUGUGUACCCGAAUUACUGGUUUGUUUCUGAAAAUUAAACAACAUUAGCUGCAUGGUCUGAUAUUCCAGCUGGUGUCCCUUUUGGGGGUUGUG